AUGUCCAUCUUCGGCUUACCAUUAGGUCGACUCUACGGCCCUGCGUGGUUGAACGGCGAGCUCUGGUUCCCUGGCUACAAAUGCGUCUGGACAGCAGAGAAAGAUCAGUCCGGCCAUCACUGCCCAGAUCAGAAGUGCGACGCAGAGAUCAAGACGCGUUGCUACGAUCAGCUACACGUCGCCUUCUGCCUCGAGGCCAUCACCAUGGCGAACGGCCAUAAACGCUUCUGUGGUCACCGCUUCCAGGCAGAGUCACCUAAAGCCUGUGCCCUCCACGGUUGGGGCACCAACAAUGAAAACCGCAUUUUCCAGCAUGCGAAGAAGCGCAUGCCCUUCAAAUUGCCAAAUCUGAUCCCACACGAACAGCCUGGCUGGGAAAUGGUCCUAACCCACCUCGGUGGCCUACAUCAGCCAGUCCACAUACGCACAGGCUUAGUCGACGGCGAGUUCUGCUUUGUUCGCGUUCUCUCGUGGAGAGCAGACGAGCAGCCAGACCAGGUACAUGAGAUCGCGCGCGUCAAGACCAAAGAGCUGCAAAUGACUUCGACCGAUCCGCAUGUCGGUCUUGUGGAGGACAAAGCCGUAGUCCAGAUAAGCCCGGUGAAGAAAGGUAUUCAGGCGUUGGCGAAGACUGAGCUGAACGACGAGGAAGAGUUCAACAACCCUUGCUCCUUCCAGAAAUACGUCAAAUUCAACGCACUGAGUGUCGCUGAGCGGAAGUUGGCCGAGAAGAGAGCGAAAGAAGCGAAGAACACAGCUCGGGCAGCAGGGCGUGCGGCUACGACCAAGGGCUGCAAGAGGUACGUCCAGCUCGACGCGACAAAGCAGCUUCGAAUGAUGAACGCCAAGAAGAAGCAGUCGCAAUAA